AUGGCUUCUGUUCAACUGACGGGCACAUCAUUCGUCGCCGGCAGGAGGGCCGCGGCGGCGCCACUGGCCCAGAGCGAGGGUCUGCGGCCCGCUGUCUUCCGUGUCUCCACUUUGUCAGGGUCCCGUGGGGUGGGCUUCGCCCGGAGAUCCUUCCAGGGACUCGUCGUGAAGGCGGCUACGGUCGUCGCUCCCAUGGUACUACUGAAUUUAUGUUGAUAAUUUAGGCAUUUCCAUUCGUGAGGAUUUUGGCAUCGGUGUUGGGAAAGUAGAUUGACUGGGAGCUAUGCUGUCUCUGUUCCUGUCGUGAUGCCAUUCUUCUGAUUUGUGCGGGCUCCUUUUAUUUUUCAGUCUUCUUUUUGGCAACUAGAGGAUGUUUCCAUGCAUGCGCUGUGCGGAUUCGCAUGUCGCUUUGCCGUAUCAAAUGUGUGUCUCUCGUUGGUCUUGAUGCAUCGGAGUGUGUUUCAGACGCUUUACGAUUGCGAAUUAACUUAUAACUGUAAUUCAUGCCGAUCGAGCACGUGGUUGAAGCCAGUUAGUUUCAUGAUAAUCCUCUUUCUUAGAGGAGAUUCAUUUCCAAGACUGCAACUUCUUAAUGUUUUCUGUCAGUGAAGCGGAAUGCGCUGGCGCUCAUCACGCAUUUGUUUCCAGAUUCAACUCGUAAUUGCUGUUUGGAAAUCUACAAGCGCUACAUAAAUCUGACUUCACGAAGCCUUUUUUUAUUGGUGUUUUUAAAAUUUGUGAUCUCCUUCCGAAUUGCCUGGGUUGAAUCGUGUUCAUGGGAUAUUAGGCCUGGAGUUUUAUGUAUGCUUGUUUAUUUAUUACGUGAUUUUGUCGUAGUCUGAGACACUCUUCUUCGUAACUUGCUGGUUUCUUGAAGUAUACUACUGUGACGCCGUUGGGGGAUAGGCUGCUCGUCAAGAUCAAGAGCUCUGAAGAAAAGACGGUCGGCGGCAUUCUGCUUCCAUCGUCAGCUCAGUCUAAGCCCCAGAGUGGUGAAGUUGUUGCCGUCGGCGAUGGCAGAAGUUUUGGGAAGAACAAAGUGGACAUAAGCGUCGAGGUAAAUCAUUUUAUUUUCAUUUCCUUUUUUAUUCCUCUGUAAUCCGCUUUCUCUCUUUUCACCAUCAACUCAGUUGGCUUAGAACCUGGGCAUGCUCCCCCGGGACCUCGGGCUUAAGAUUUCCAAGGAAUUUCCAAUGAACAUGUUAGACUGAAAGCUGCACGAUAUGCUCGAUCUCCCCAUCUUUUAGAAAGUCUGUAAAGUUCUUGUCCUGCAUGAUCCCCCUGGGUCUGUUAUUCCAGAGAAUAUGCAUGUAUAUACUUAUGAGAAAAUCCGUGAAAAUAAAUUAAAUCCUCCAUUUGGAGGCAGAUUGAACAAUUGAUGAUCUACUGAUUAUCCAUUUCAUCUAUUAUGCUUCCCUCUUGGCUCCAAACAGCUGAGGGUGAAUUUUUUUUCUGGCUUUCUAUGGGAAAAAUGUUUAUACUCUAAUUUUAUUUAUUUCCAUGGGUGAUGUACAUGCCAUGAGCAGAUGAUGAUAUGAAUAUGCGCUGAGAUUUCAUCUCUGAAGUCUUAACAAAAUCGAGCUUUUUAAAACUGAUGCUCAUGCGCCAUGUCUCAUUUAUGUGCAUAGUAUCUAUCUAUGAUCGCUUUUCUGUUCGUAAUAGGAUUUCUUCGUGGGGAUGUAAAGAAGUAUGUGAGCAUGAGAGUGUACGAUUCUGCUGCUGUGUCCUCCUAUCCUUGGUGUUCUUGAAAGUUUUUUCCUUUCCUUGGUAGAUCGGAAGCCAGGUCGUCUACUCCAAGUAUGCAGGGACCGAGAUUGACUUCAGCGGUUCUAAGCAUCUUAUCCUGAAAGAGGAUGAUCUUGUGGGCAUUCUCAACACAGACGAUGUCAAGGACCUCAAGCCUCUCAAUGACCGAGUUCUGAUCAAGGUUCGGAUUCUCUUCUUGCCUUUGUUUAGAUUUCCAGCGCAAGAAUGAUUUCCUUCUGCAUUUUUCUUCUCACUAAGAUUCCCGCUACCCCAUCCCCUUCUCUCUCUCUCUCUCUCUCUCUCUCUCUCUCUCUCUCUCUCUCUUACUCUGCGUAUUCUGCGUUUUUCCUUCCCUUAUCUCUCUCUUCUACGGGUUCACCUGGCGAGAUGAACGCAUUGGCUGCCAGGUAUCAGAAGCUGAGGAGAAAACCGCUGGUGGGUUGCUCUUAACGGACGCAACCAAGGAGAAGCCCUCUACUGGGACGGUAAGCUCUCUCUCUCUCUCGCUCUAGCUAUCUAUCUAUCUAUCUAGGCUUUUUAUGAAAUGGGUUGUUCCCUCGUUGAUGGCUAUUUCCAUGGGCGGUCAGGUGAUCGCAGUUGGGCCGGGGCUUCUGGACGAGGAGGGGAAGAGGAAGCCGUUGACGGUCUCGAGCGGGGGGACCGUGCUCUACUCCAAGUACGCCGGAAGCGAGUUCAAGGGGCCCGACGGCACCGAGUACAUCGUCCUCAGAGCAUCUGACAUCAUGGCCGUCCUCUCGUAG